CUGUCCCUCUCUCCAAAAUGCCAAAGCUGAUGAUCUCACAAACCUCAACUUCAACCAUGUCCAAACUUCUCCUUGUAGCCUUCUUGGCCCUCACUCCCACCAUUGAAGCCCUCUGCUCAGACACCGUGUUCACUUCUCUCUCGUCAUCUGGCUUCACACUCUUUGCUCAUGCUUUGCAUUCCCACAACCUCACUGCCACCGCCAACACCACCGUCACCUGUUUCGUCCCGCCCGAUGACAGCUUCUUAGGGCAACCCCUCAAUGCCAACACCCUCCGCGCUCACAUCUACACGUCGGAGGCCUUGCCUUACCAGUCCCUCCUUAGGCUUCCACUGAACACCACCCUCCCAGCUCUCCACCACAACACAAGGCUUGUUUUCGGCACUGAUGGCAAAAGGGUCUCUUUCAAUGACGUUCUUGUCACUGCCCCGAAUCUCCACAUUGAUGAUUCUUGUGUUGUUCAUGGCGUUGAAGGGCCUUUGGUGCCAAUCCCAUCAUUGAUGGAUGAUGUUCCGAGGCCAAGAACCCAGACUCUGCCAUCUCCAGCCUUGCCAAAGCAUCAGGGUCGUCGUCGGUUCACAGAGAUUGUCAGGUUUAUUCGUCGUGCACACAAUCCAGUUCUUGUGGAUGGGGAUCAAGACACCUACCUCCCUUGAGAAUUUUUGAAGUCUUGGCAAUGUUUCUUUGUCUUGACGGGAUAUUUGAUGUUUUACUGUUAGUGGAGCAUUUCGAUUCUGGUUGUUAAUCUUUGUGAUUUAGGUAGUCGUAUUGUUUGAGAUUUAGGUGGUUUUGGAUCAAAAGAGUGUCAAAUCAUGGUGCAGGUUCCAUUUCUUGUGGAACCAGAAAUGCUGUGUAAUUGUAAACCAUAAUGAAAUACCAUUUGGGAUUUAUUCCAAACCAGUUUCUUUCUUUUCUUCA